AUGCCAGGUCUGAUCAUGUCGGCUUUGACCGUCAUCAUCCUCAUCCUCUACUUUGUGAUCGACACCUUCGCGGUCCAGGGCCAAUCCUGGACGUCCGAGUGCACCCCCAUCUACAUCCAGUACUUCGUAAAAUUCUUCAUCAUCGGCGUGACCGUGCUGGUGGUGGCCGUCCCUGAGGGUCUGCCGCUCGCCGUCACCAUUUCUCUGGCUUACUCCGUUAAGAAAAUGAUGAAGGAUAACAACCUGGUGCGUCACCUGGACGCCUGUGAGACCAUGGGCAACGCUACUGCCAUCUGCUCGGACAAAACAGGCACGCUGACCAUGAACCGCAUGACGGUGGUGCAGGCCUACGUCAACGACACGCACUUCAAAACUGUCCCCGAGCCCGAUGCCAUCAAACCAGAGACUCUGGAAGUUAUGGUCAACAGCAUCUCCAUCAACUCGGCCUACACCACCAAGAUCCUGCCUCCGGAGAAAGAAGGAGGCCUGCCUCGCCACGUUGGCAACAAGACGGAGUGCGCUCUGCUGGGCAUGGUGCUGCAGCUCAAGAGGGACUACCAGCCAAUCAGAGACGAGGUCCCAGAGGAAAAACUCUACAAGGUUUACACCUUCAACUCCUCCCGCAAGUCCAUGAGCACGGUGCUGAAGAACGCUGAUGGAGGUUUCCGCAUGUACAGCAAAGGGGCGUCGGAGAUCGUCCUGAGGAAAUGCUCUCGUAUUUUGGACACCCAGGGUCAGCCCCGCGUCUUCAAGCCUAAGGACCGUGACGAGAUGGUGCGCAAGGUGAUUGAGCCAAUGGCGUGCGACGGGCUGAGGACCAUCUGCGUGGCGUACAGGGACUUCCCCGCCGAGGCCGGAGAGCCCAACUGGGAAAAUGAGAACGAAAUCCUGAACGAACUCACCUGCAUCGUGGUUGUCGGCAUCGAGGACCCCGUCAGACCUGAGGUACCUGAUGCUAUCGUUAAGUGCCAGCGUGCCGGCAUCACUGUGCGCAUGGUGACCGGAGACAACAUCAACACCGCCCGCGCCAUCGCCAUCAAGUGUGGCAUCCUGCUGCCCGGGGAGGACUUCCUGUGUAUGGAGGGCAAAGAGUUCAACCAGCAGAUCAGAAACGACCAGGGAGAGGUGGAACAAGAGCGUCUGGACAAAGUUUGGCCUAAACUGCGCGUGCUGGCUCGUUCCUCACCGACAGACAAACACACUCUGGUCAAAGCCGUAGCCAGGGCCGCCUUAAUGCACGGGCUGACCUGGGCUGAAGCCCAGGGGCCUACGGAGAUCGGGGGCCUAUGA